GGGGGUGGGCGUCGCCGCCACCUAGCGCCUUGUGGGAGGGAGGGCGGAUCAGGGAAGAGCAAGUGCUUGCGUAGUGAGAAGUUGGCAAAGGUCAGCACGGACAGCAGCAGACCAAACCGGACAACGGAGAGUGUUUUGCAGAAGUUUGUUGAGUAAUCUAUGAAGUGCUGGAAACAAAUGCAUGCAUUGUGACAACAGAUGUGCCAUUAUUUACUCAAGAUUAUCAAAAGACGAUGGAAAUGCAGAAAGUAAAUGACUCCUCAUCUGAAUACAUUUACAUGGAUUAUAAUGCAACUACGCCUAUGGAGAGUGAAGUAAUCCAGACCAUUACUAAAGCCAUGCAGGAGGCCUGGGGAAACCCCAGCAGUUCAUAUACUCCAGGUAGGAAAGCCAAAGAGUGGAUCGAUUGGUCAAGGGAAACUGUAGCUCAGAUGGUUGGAGGUCACCCAGAAGAUAUAAUUUUUACCUCUGGUGGAACAGAGGCUAAUAAUCUAGUCUUUCACACAGCAGUCAAGUACUUCUUGGACCAUCAGCACCAGUUGGCACAGAACGGUGGGAGAGUGGAGCUUGGAGGGAUUGUUCUGUCAUUACCUCACAUUAUUACAUCAAAAGUUGAACAUGACUCAGUGCAACUGGUGGUGGAAAGUCUGGUCAAGGAGGGAAAAGCAAAAGCUACAUUUUUGCCUGUUUCCAAAGUAACUGGAUGCAUCCAAGUCGAUGAUGUGAUUGCUGCUAUUGGGCCAAGCACUUGCCUUAUUUCUAUUAUGCUCGCUAACAAUGAAACAGGAGUUCUCAUGCCAAUUGCAGAGAUCUGUCAACGAGUGAAGAUCGUAAAUCAACAGAGAGGCAAGGAAAUGCCCAAGAUUCUGCUACACACAGACGCAGCCCAGGCACUUGGCAAACUGCCAGUUGAUGUGCAAGAUCUCAGUGUGGAUUACCUUACAAUUGUAGGACACAAGGUAAAAUUUUAUGGUCCACGGAUUGGAGCCCUGUACGUUCGAGGGCCAGGCACAAGCUCACCAGUGAAUGCCAUGUUCUUUGGCGGAGGCCAAGAAAGGAAGUUCAGGCCAGGUACAGAGAACACACCAAUGAUUGCAGGACUCGGGAAGGCUGCCGAGCUGGUUGUUAAGAAGCUGGAGAUGUAUACCAGUCACAUGAAAGAAAUAAGAGAUUACCUAGAAGUGAACCUGUUGACUGCCUUUGGAAAGGAAAAACUUUAUUUCAACAACCACUUCCAGGGCUCGGACAGCUUACCAAACAUCUGCAAUGUGUCCAUUCUUGGGCCUAACCUACAAGGUCGGAAGGUGCUGCAACACUGCCAAAGGCUUCUGGCAAGCGUGGGAGCUGCUUGUCAUUCUGAAAAUGUCAGUAGGCCCUCGCAUGUGUUACUGAACAGUGGCAUUCCAUAUGAGGUGGCAGAGAAUGCCAUUCGAUUAAGUGUGGGUCGAGCAACGUCAAAAGAGGAUGUAGAUACCAUUAUAGAAGACCUGAAGCAAGCAGUUAGAGAAAUUGAAUUGUGUGCUGCUGAGACUAGACAGUAGCACCUAGAUAAGAACUGGUCACUGCCAGAGAAAGGUAGAAUUACAAAUUGGAACCGUGGGGCCUCUCGCACUUAAAGGGAAUGACCUAAAGAUUCCAACAAUUUGCACCAGUUCUUUCUUAGUAGUGAGACCAAAAUUGGCUAAGAUUUUGAGAAAUUUUUAAUUUAUUAUAUCUACAGCUCAUCCAUGUUAUUAUUAAAUGUUGCUAUAUGGAUUUAUUGUCAUUUUCAUCAAUUUAAACUUGGAUUAAUCACGUGGUAGAGGAGGCACUGUGUUUAUUGUGAUUAAACCCAGUUUCAGAAAAAUUAAUAAAACAGGUCCAAGUGGUAACUGGAAAAUACAUCAAGGAAUUUUUAAAUGUAGAAUUUUAAGAUGCUGUCCAAUUCCCCUGGAUAGUGACAGAUUUUAUGUUCUGAAUGUAUAAAUUUACUUGAGUGGAAUGUUCAAAAAAAUUCUUUUGAAAAUUAGUGCAAUUUCAAAUUCGCGUCCCAAUAACUGAUUGGUUUCAAAGCAGAAACACUCAGAGUAAGUGUUUCCAGGCUGCCCAGCAGAAGAAUGCUGGAAGGCUAUGCAUAAGGUAGCAGGAGCGCUCAAUUCCUACACAAGAUGUGCUUCCUGAUGUCUCAGCCACCUGACCAUGAGCAAUGGAGGCUAGUGCCAGGAUAAUUCCUUGGAAGCAACACAGAGAAUGCCUAGUAGAAUCUGAAUCUGGAAAAUAAAAAGCAAGUGUAUACUUGAUGCAAAUAUUUGAUGUGUAGGAAUAAGGUGGUAAUAUGUCAGUGAUGAACAGCAAGUAUCAGGAGAGCAACUCCAAACUCUUUCAUCUUAUGAUAGUUGGCUGUGCCUCUUGUUUUGGGCCCUAGUGGCUGCAGCAUGUCUCAUGGAAACCUGCUGAUUUUCGGUGGAGGAGACUGCAGGUGGUCAUGGAGGUCAACAUUCAGAUGGUCUGGGCCCAUCUUUGGACCACAACCUCUGAAGACACAGCAGGUAACAAGAAUGCAGAUGGCACUGAGGUGGGGGAAUCUUGUGCUGUUUUAAUAGAGCUCCAUGGAGCUAACGCCAUAACCCCAGGUCAAUGCCUCAAAGGAUUGUCCUUGUAAUAGUUUGUUGGAGUGGCAUGACUCAAAACCUUUUUAACCACAGAUAUCCAGAACCCUGCAGAUUCACUCUGUGAUGGAAAGCUGAGCUUGUAUGGCAGUUGACAAUACUUCCACUGCAACACCUGAUUAUUGGAUGGCUUUUGCUGCAAUGGAAGAUGAGACAUUGGCCAUCAGAUGCUGCAUGUUAGUUGGGUCCACGCUCACUGAAAUGAAGCCAACCACCACUUUUUAAUUGCAGUCAUGUUUUCAUACUUUAUGCAUCUGGUACUUCCCACUGUUAAUCCUGGCAAUGAUUCUGUAAAUUCAGUUCAAUGUUAUGGAAUUCUUUCUUUAAUAAUUUUAUACUGGCUAUCUCCCUUUCUUUCCAGUCCAGAUGAAGGGUCUCGUCCCGAAACGUCAAUUGUCCAUUGCUCUUCAUAGAUGCUGUCUGACCCGCUGAGUUCCUCCAGCUACUUUUUUAUUUUGCUAUUUCUCUAACCUUUCUGCUGUACAUAAAACCCACUCCUUUGACCAAAAGUCACUCCCACCAUCUUCUCAGUUGGAUCAGCGUAUGUGUUCUGUCCCCAGUGCUGACUCUGGGAAAAUCGCUGAGGCUGUAAGUCAUCAUUGUUGAUGAAAAUGUUUGACAACAUUUGGAGGUCGGCAAUCAGCCGUUGUACCUGACUUGAAAUAGGCAUGUGUAUUGUGCAGCAUUAUAACUAGCUUCUUGUAGCUUCUUGGUGGUAUACUUUGAUUUAGUAGCAUGCAGGGUGUGAAAGCUGAGAGAUGUGAGAGUAGGAGUUGUGGUAAGUGUGUGAGAGUAUGAAACUUUUCACAGAUGGAGUGUGGUUGAGAUAUAUUUCAUCGAACAGUGUAGGAAUCUGAUGGGAGAUUUAAUAAUGUAUUCACUCACCCUGACCACAUAAUGCAAAAAACAUUGAAGAGACCAGAUGAACCUACAGAGUUUAACAUAGGACUGCUAGUGCAAUUUUUCUUCAUUUAAUGUAAUACAAUUCAGAUAUUUUUCUCAGCAGAGGUGGGAAAUGUUAAUUCUUGUUGUUUUAUGGUAAAAGCAUGCUGUAUAUUUCAGACAAGGGAAUUGUCUGAUAGAAUUGUGGUGAAAACAUGUAUACUUCACUGUGAUGCUUGCAGUAUUAUUUUGUUGAGAACUGGUUUUCUACCCCAAUUACUUUUCUAGUUGUUAACGCAUUGUAGGUUAAAUGUGGUUACCUAGUAAAGCAAUUGAAUUAUUCAAAUAAAAACAGCAUCUGAAAUCAGCAAAAUCUGUUACAGGAGAAAGCCAGAACUGUUUCAGGUCAUUAAGAUUUCGCCUGAUGUGAGUUCUGGUGAAAGGUCACCAACAUGAUAUAUUUGCUUGUUUCUCUCUCCACUGAUGCUACUUGACCUGGGAAGCAGUGACAUGUUUUUAUUUAAACUUUCCAGAUCCACAGUAUUUUCCUUUGGUAUGAAUUGAAAUUUAGUCAAGUGGCCUAAAUUGACCCAGAACCAAGUCAAACCUUCUUGGUAAAGCUCUGCAGGUGCAGAGAUAAUCAGCCCUUUUUCUCAUAUAUUCUCAUUCAUGGUGUUGUUGCCUAUUGGAGCCAUUAUCAUUCUUUGAGAGAUCUGAAGUUCAAGAUUGUAAAAUUGACCCAAGAACUGAUGCACAGAAUUGGUGCGGUUAUGUGAUAACCGGCAUUGAGUGUGGAGGCUCUAUGCUUCAAUUACAUCCAGCGGCUAACAUCCCAAAGACAGUACUAACCUUCCCUAGGCAGCUUUGCAGAAGGUGAGGGGGUGGUUCAGAGAGGCUGCAUGGUGAAAAUCAUUCCGUGAUCUGAGUCUUCAGUGGCUUAUAGGUGCUAUUCAAACAGGAGCCAUCCCAAAAUGUGGGCAGAUGGCAAACCAUGAUAUUUGUAUCCAAUAGAUAUAGAGCAACCAUUAUACUUUAAUGUUUGAUUAAAAUUUGGUGAGAAAGUUGGGUUCAAUAUAUUUGUUAAUUUAUGAGUUGCGAAAACAAAGUUUAAAGGACAUGUAUAUUUGUAUGUCAUAACAUAUCUCAAAACAUCCCAAACUGCAGUAAGUGCAAAUAUUUUUGUAAAAAAUUUUAACUGUGGCUGCCACUUUCUACAUGUUAAUGAUGAAUGCUGACAUUACUGUAAAAAGGGAUGUUGGGCAGAAUUCAAACCUGAUCAUGUAUUCUAUCAUUCUACAUAGGCAGUGUUCAGACAGUUUAAUGUCUCAUCAAAUCAUGAACUUUGAAACUAUU